AGUGUGCAGUCAGCAUGGCAGAAGCGCAUCAGGCGGUGGCCUUCCAGUUCACCGUCACUCCUGAUGGCAUCGACCUGCACCUCUGUCACGAGGCCCUGCGCCAGGUCUACUUGUCUGGCCUCCACUCCUGGAAGAAGAGGUUCAUCAGGUUCAAGAAUGGUGUCAUGACUGGGGUUUAUCCAGGAAGUCCCUCAGGCCUGCUGGUUGUUUUGGUGGGUUACAUGUCCACAACCAAAUAUGCCAAAAUAGACCCUUCCCUUGGGAUGUUCACUAAACUUUCUAAACACCUACCAAUCAGGUAAACCACCAAAGAACGGUCACCUGUUUGUCA